ACGUUACCUGAAAGAAUCCUUGCCCUAGAGAAAAAAGAUACGUUGAUAAUUAUCAAACAUUGUUAUGUCAGUUCGUGUUGGUCCAAGUCCACUCUUCAUUUCUUGUCAAUUUUUUGUUUAUGACUUCGCAAAUAGUCUCUCUACUCUUCUUCUUCAUCAUUUUUGCUCAAGUGACAAUCGAUGCUAGAGCAAUUCAACAGGAUACUGUUGAUCAACUAGUGAACGGUCUCACAAAUGAGAAUGAAGAAUUGUUUACUACUCUCACCAACUAUCGAUAUCGUUUCGAACAUUCCAACAAUAUCAAGGCACUUCGAUGGAUGUUCCAGCAACAUAUCAAUGAGGAGGACCUAUAUUGUAAAAUAUGCCAUAUUCUUCUUCCUGUUGUGAGUGAAAUUUCUUCUUUCUCAUAUUUUCAUAUUUGAUUGUGUGCGUACUAGAUUCGAAUACUCAUCGAUGUCAAUCAAACGGAGCGCCUUGAAAACGUGACUCUUGAAAUUUGUAAUGAAUUUGGUUUGGUUCUCGAUGUUUGUAGCGGUGCUGUGCACGAAUACAAAGUGAAAUAUUCAUUAUUAUUAUCCAUCUGCAUAUCAUCUCUUUUCUUGAAAAUAGGAUGCCAUUUUUCAAGUCAUUGCUCUAACGCAUUUCAGUAAUAAGGCACUAUGUUCACUUGCUCUAAACUGCGAUAGACAAACUGAUUAUCCUGUGUUGAAUUGGAGUGUUGCUAUUCCUGACCGAAAACCACCUCCACAACCACCAAAACCACCUUCACCUGACUCGCCAAAACUGAAAGUGCUACAACUGGCCGAUAUUCACGUGGAUUUUGAGUACAAGCCAGGAUCUGAAGCAGACUGCCUUGAACCAUUGUGCUGUCGAAAAGGUCCACCUCUUCCUGGUCAUCCGGGUGCUGGCUUCUGGGGAACCAGUCUUCACUGUGACAUACCGUAUUGGACGGCUCAAGCCAUACUUGAAUAUGGCGCAAAAACAGAAGAGAUUGAUUUCAUCUACUAUACUGGCGAUACACCACCUCACAAUGUGUGGAAUCAAUCUCGUGCUGACCAACUCUAUGCAAUAAAUACAAUCAAUAAUUUGUUAGCUACGACAUUUCCAAAUAAAAUGUUGUAUUCUGCCGUCGGCAAUCAUGAAGCAGCUCCGUGCAAUCUCUUUCCGACACCGAACAUUCGAUCGGACAAUAUUUCAUGGCUAUAUCAAGCACUAGCCGAUAGUUGGAUAAACACAUUCGGUCUACCUAAUGAUACACGCGAAAGUAUUCUUCGUGGUGGAUUCUAUACAACAAUUGUACGUCCCGGUCUACGAUUGAUUUCGCUCAAUACGAAUUAUUACGCAUCGGAUAACUAUUGGUUAUUCAUCAAUUCGACUGAUCCUCUCAAUCAACUUGAGUGGUUGAUACAAUGGUUACAAUAUGCUGAAGACCAUGGAGAAAAGGUUCACAUUAUCGCCCAUCAUCCACCACGAACAUGUUUUGCAGCAUUCGGUUGGAAUUUUAAUAGGAUCGUCAAUCGAUUUGAAAAUACGAUCUCCGGUCAAUUUUAUGGUCACACACAUCGAGAUGAAUUCAACAUGUUCUAUGAUGAGAAUGAUCACCAACGACCUGUUUCGAUGGCUUACAUAGCACCAUCGUUGACAACCGAAUCAUUCUUGAAUCCGGGCUAUCGUGUUUAUACAAUGGAUGGUGAGUAUCCCUCGAGUUCCUAUUGGGUGCUCGAUCAUCGUACAGUCAUUAUGAAUUUAACUGCAACGAACCUCUACAACCGAACAAUUAUGCAAAAUGAGUAUAAUGCUCGUGAUGCCUAUCAAAUGGAGAACUUGUUUCCUACUGAUUGGGAUAAUUUCAUCAAAAGACUCGAGAAUGAUAUUGACGGGCCACUGAUGAGUACAGUAUACAAACACUAUACAAAAUCGUAUGCAGAUGGAUCCCAAUGUAAUCAUGUAUGUCGACGAGGACUGAUUUGUGAUUUCAAGACGGCUCGUGACGAUGAUCCAGAUGCAUGUGAUUCAGUUCCUCCGUUUGCGUAA